GUGUCAUUCCGCGUUUCUCGCUGGAGCUGUUCUACUCUACGGCCGGGACAGGCUCGCACUGCCAGGCACAAUGUCAAAAGGACCAGCUGUUGGGAUUGAUCUCGGGACCACCUACUCCUGCGUCGGCGUCUUCCAGCAUGGCAAGGUGGAAAUCAUCGCCAAUGACCAGGGUAACAGGACCACGCCGAGCUACGUCGCCUUCACGGACACCGAGAGGUUGAUCGGUGAUGCUGCGAAGAACCAGGUUGCCAUGAACCCCACCAACACGGUUUUCGAUGCAAAGCGGCUGAUUGGUCGCAGAUUCGAUGAUUCUGUUGUCCAGUCUGACAUGAAGCAUUGGCCUUUCACUGUGGUGAAUGAUGCUGGCAGGCCAAAAGUGCAGGUGGAGUAUAAAGGCGAGACCAAGAGCUUUUACCCAGAAGAAAUUUCAUCCAUGGUUUUGACUAAGAUGAAGGAGAUUGCAGAAGCCUACCUUGGGAAGACUGUUACAAAUGCUGUGGUCACUGUACCAGCCUACUUCAAUGACUCCCAGCGCCAGGCCACAAAAGAUGCUGGUACUAUUGCAGGUCUCAACGUACUCCGAAUCAUCAAUGAACCAACAGCUGCUGCUAUUGCUUAUGGUUUAGACAAAAAGGUUGGUGCUGAGAGAAAUGUUUUGAUCUUUGACCUGGGUGGUGGCACUUUCGAUGUGUCUAUUCUCACAAUUGAAGACGGUAUCUUUGAAGUGAAGUCUACUGCAGGUGAUACCCACCUGGGUGGAGAAGACUUUGAUAACAGAAUGGUCAACCACUUCAUUGCUGAAUUCAAACGCAAGCACAAGAAAGACAUCAGUGAAAACAAGAGAGCAGUUCGCCGUCUCCGCACAGCAUGUGAACGUGCAAAGCGUACCCUCUCCUCCAGCACGCAGGCCAGUAUUGAGAUUGAUUCUCUCUAUGAGGGCAUUGACUUCUACACCUCAAUCACACGAGCUCGCUUUGAAGAGUUGAACGCUGAUCUGUUCCGUGGUACGCUGGACCCUGUGGAGAAGGCCUUGCGGGAUGCCAAGCUCGACAAAUCCCAGAUCCACGACAUAGUAUUGGUUGGUGGAUCCACUCGCAUCCCAAAGAUUCAGAAACUCCUACAAGACUUCUUCAAUGGCAAAGAACUGAACAAGAGCAUCAAUCCUGAUGAAGCUGUAGCUUACGGUGCAGCUGUCCAGGCUGCAAUCCUGUCUGGAGACAAGUCAGAAAAUGUACAGGAUCUGCUGCUGUUGGAUGUGACUCCUCUAUCCCUGGGUAUUGAAACAGCUGGAGGUGUUAUGACAGUAUUGAUUAAGCGCAAUACCACAAUCCCCACUAAGCAGACUCAGACAUUUACCACUUACUCUGAUAACCAGCCUGGUGUCCUUAUCCAGGUGUAUGAAGGGGAGAGAGCCAUGACAAAAGACAACAACUUGCUGGGCAAGUUUGAACUGACUGGCAUCCCCCCAGCUCCUAGAGGCGUACCUCAGAUUGAAGUCACUUUUGAUAUUGAUGCCAAUGGCAUCCUUAAUGUGUCUGCUGUGGACAAGAGCACUGGCAAGGAAAACAAGAUCACCAUUACAAAUGACAAAGGCCGUCUGAGCAAGGAAGAUAUUGAGCGUAUGGUCCAGGAGGCAGAGAAAUACAAAGCAGAAGAUGAGAAGCAGCGUGACAAAGUGUCUUCUAAGAACUCCCUGGAAUCCUAUGCUUUCAAUAUGAAAGCUACAGUUGAGGAUGAGAAGCUUCAGGGUAAAAUCAGUGAUGAGGACAAACAGAAGAUUUUGGACAAGUGCAAUGAAAUCAUCAACUGGCUGGACAAGAAUCAGACUGCUGAGAAAGAAGAGUUUGAGCACCAGCAGAAAGAACUGGAGAAAGUGUGCAACCCCAUCAUCACAAAGCUGUACCAGAGUGCAGGGGGGAUGCCUGGGGGCAUGCCUGGUGGAUUCCCUGGUGGUGGAGCUGCCCCAUCUGGAGGAGCUUCUUCUGGACCAACUAUUGAGGAGGUGGAUUAAACACGUUGGAGCAAGCAUUCCACAAGUGGUUACUAGAACUGAAGGACCCAAACUUUGUAGCCAAGUGCAUUGACAGUACAACUCCAUGUUUUGAGCUGCUGUAUGAAGCAUUUCUGGGCAUUCUAAAUACUUGAACAUGGUGCACAGGGAGGGGAGGGUGGACACCAUUGCACUUUACAGUACUGUUAACAAGUGGAAAUGCAACUUGUAUGCUAAGAAAUAAAGAUGUAUUUAAUUGGCA